UCAUUGUUUGAAUCGCCAAACAGGCCUCAUCUUAUAACAAGGGCUUAUUAUUACACACGAGGAAAGUGAAGUGUGUGAUUGCAGCCAAAACGCAGCAUCGGCCAAAGUUUCAAGCCUUGAGACAAGGAACAACAAGAAACCCUAGCUAGCUUCUUCGUUCUCUCUCUCGAAACCUCCGCGACUAGCUUCCCGACUCGCUUCAACUGCUCGCUCCGGCAUCGACAUUUCUUUCUCUCUCGAUGACAAGCGCUUGGACAAAUUUGAGCUUUGCAAUCAUGCAUAGGGAUAUAGAGAGGGAGUGGGAAAAUCAGGGUGGAGUGGAGUUAUGAGUAUUAUUUUUUAUAACUGGAGAUUGUUGCUCACACUCAGAAGAGCUAUACAUCUGCAAAAUAUUGUGGAAUGAUGAGGAGACCAAAUAUAUAUUUCCAAUUUAUUAUAGCUUUGGAACCUCUUGGAGAAAAUGAGCGAUGGAGCUUGUGGAGCGUGGUUCACAUGGAGGAUUGCUCUCUUGCAAAGGCUUUGCUAUAUUCUUCCGAUACAAAAAAAUGAGUGGUCGUUUUUCUCGUACAAUCUACGUUGGCAACUUACCUGCAGAUAUAAGAGAAUCGAAAGUUGAAGAUCUGUUUUACAAGUAUGGCCGUAUCCUGGAUGUUGAAUUGAAGAUUCCACCUCGGCCCCCUUGUUAUUGUUUUGUCGAGGUAGUGCUCUUACUACACUUGAUAUCUGCAACAUAUGGAGCUAGGUAGCCAUCUUGUAUUUUCUGGAUGGAAAAAAGGACAGCGCUUUGAAUUAUCUUUUGGGGCCAUUGUGUGCAUUGUUGGUUGUCUUGGGUUGCAACAAGAGUGUAGAUUUGUUUUGAGUCUGGGGUGGGGAGCAACAACUUAUUGAGAAAAUGCUGAAGCUAUCCUAAUUAUCUCACCUAGAG